AUGCCUUUCAAUACGAAGUUAACCCGAGCUUUGGGAAUCAAAGGCAAGUUCCACGUCCACGUCUUCACUUACACCCGGAAUGCUAACUUAAAUUCGCAGUCCCCAUUAUACAAGGUGGCAUGCAAUGGCGCUCACCCAGCCUACUCCCGAAGACCUGCGAAAAGAAAUCCGAAAAUGCAGGACCAUGACCCAAAAGCCCUUCGGCGUGAAUAUCACUCUCCUUCCAGCCAUGACCCCCCAGAUUACGGAGCAUAUGCUCAAGUGGCUAUCGACGAGGGAAUCAAGAUCGUAGAGACUGCAGGAAACAGCCCCGGCCCCAUCAUCAAGCAGCUGAAGGCUGUGGGAAUUAUUAUUUUGCACAAGUGUACCACGAUCAAGCACGCACAGAGUGCUGUGAAGCUUGGCGUGGAUUUCUUGAGUAUAGAUGGCUUCGAAUGUGCUGGCCAUGUUGGCGAAACUGAUAUCACGAACUUGAUUCUACUUAGUCGAGCACGCCAAUCCAUCGGUAUCCCAUUUAUUGCGUCGGGGGGUUUCGCAGAUGGACAGGGUCUUGCUGCGGCCUUGAGUUUGGGAGCUGAGGGUAUCAAUAUGGGAACACGCUUCAUGUGCACGAUCGAAGCACCUAUCCACCAGAACAUUAAGCAGUCGAUCGUUGACGCUCAGGAGACCGAUACUGAGCUUGUGUUGCGAAGAUGGAGAAAUACCAGUCGGCUGUUCAAGAACAAAGUUGCCAGCGAGGCUGUGAAGAUUGAACAGGCAAGCACCACUGGAAAGUUUGAAGAAGUUGCGCCGUAUGUAAGCGGUAAGAGAGGCCGAGAGGUAUUCAUCAACGGUGACCCUGAGUUCGGGGUUUGGACUGCUGGCCAGGUCAUCGGCCUCAUCCAUGAUAUUCCAAGCUGUGCUGAUUUGAUAGGUCGCAUUGAGCGGGAUGCUGAGCAGACUUUGAAUUCUGCUUCUAGCCUGAUUGUCCCUUCAAGCAAGCUAUGA